GGCGCGGGAGACAGAGCCCCGAGAGAACCGGCGGCGCCGCGGCGGGUCCUCACCCGGCCCUCCCAGGGACGGAGCGGGGGACGCGAGCCGGGGGGCCGGGGCGAGGGAGCCCCGAGGACCAGGCUGAGCCCGGGCUCCGGUCCGUCGGGGGAGGCAGCGCGGACUCCGGAGGGUCUCGGGCGCUGGGACUCGCCUUGUCCCCGGGGCCACCCCCGCGGUCCCCACCUGCCGCCCCGCCUCGCGUCCCCGCCCCGCGACCCCGAGAGAGCAGAGAUCGGCCUGCGCGGGCCAAGUCCCAGCGCCGCUCCCGCCCGAACCCCAAGGGGACACGGCGAGGACCCCGGCGGCCGGUAGCGCGCGCCCAGCCCCGCCGCCCCUCUCCUGGGCGGACCUCCACUCCCGGCCCCGGCGGCCGCCCGCCCGGAGCCCCCUGCCCUGUCCUCGGGCGCGCGGACAUGCGGCCGGCCAAGCCAGGCGCCCCGCUGCCCGCGCUGCUCCUGCUCGCGCUGGCGUUGUCCCCGCAGGACACCCAGGGGAGGCCCCGGGGUCGCAGGGGAGCCCGCGUCGCCAACGAGGAACCCAAGCUUUUCCUCCCCGCGGCUGGGGCCGGCCCGGCGUCCAGCGCCUCCCGGAGCGCAGAAAUAUUCCCAAGAGAUUUGAACUUGAAAGACAAAUUCAUUAAGCAUUUCACAGGGCCAGUCACAUUUUCAGCUGAAUGUAAAAAACAUUUCCAUCGACUCUAUCACAACACCAGAGAUUGCUCAACCCCAGCUUAUUACAAAAGAUGUGCUAGAUUGCUAACAAGAUUAGCAGUGAGUCCACUGUGCUCGCAAACCUAGAAAACAUACCCUGCAUUUCAUAAGAAUGUAAAUUUAAUUUGAAGAAAAAAGUGCUUGGACUCAUACUAAAUGUAAAAAGAGGUGAAACUUCUAAUUUUAUGGCAUAUGAAGAUGGGUAAAAUCAGAGACUUCUCAGAAAUAACUGAUUAGCUGUGCCUGCCACAGAAUGGAGUCUUUCUUGGUUUAUCUUUGUGUAUACAGUAAUUUGAAAUUUUUUAAAACAAAGCUUAAUUCACAUAUUGAAAAUUGAAUACUAAAAAUUAUGCUAUUCGACUUUAUUUUUGCUGUAUAUAUUAUUUUCUUAUAUGGUUAACAUUUCAUGUAUGUAUAAAUUAUAUAUUUAAUUAUGUAAAUUAUGUCCGAGAGUGCC